AUGAAUUCUAUGGAGUUUCCGUUACUUGACCGAACAACCCCAAAUUCAGUUAUUUCAACUACACCGAAUGAUCUUUCGAAUUGGUCAAGACUCUCCAGUUUAUGGCCGCUUCUAUAUGGUACCAGUUGCUGCUUCAUUGAAUUUGCUUCAUUAAUUGGCUCGCGAUUCGACUUUGAUCGUUAUGGACUGGUACCAAGAUCGAGUCCUAGGCAAGCCGACCUUAUUUUAACAGCCGGCACAGUGACAAUGAAAAUGGCUCCUUCUUUAGUAAGAUUAUAUGAACAAAUGCCUGAACCAAAAUAUGUCAUUGCUAUGGGAGCCUGUACUAUUACAGGAGGAAUGUUCAGUACCGAUUCUUAUAGUACCGUUCGAGGAGUCGAUAAGUUAAUUCCUGUGGAUGUCUAUUUGCCGGGUUGCCCACCUAAACCAGAAGCAAUUAUAGACGCUAUAACGAAACUUCGUAAGAAGGUAUCUCGAGAAAUCUAUGAAGAUAGAAUCGCGUCCCAACAGGAAGAUCGAUGUUUUACUACCAAUCACAAGUUUCGGGUUGGGCGCAGUAUUCAUACCGGAAAUUACGAUCAAGAGUUACUCUACCAAUCGCCAUCUACUUCAGAGAUACUUUCUGAAACACUUUUCAAAUACAAGAGUUCACUAUCUUCUCACGAAUUAGUGAAUUAG